GCCAAUUAUAAUAUUUUUGCUCAUAAAUCAAAACUUAAACCAGUUAUUCCUAACAAACAAAAACCCUCAACUACAAGCUUCCGUGUAAAUUUCUCGCGUUAAUUUACUGACAAUCUGGACAAUCAACAAUUUGACCAUGUCUAUCCGGUAUAAGUUCCGGAGUUCAGUGAAUUUCGACUCGGUCGACAUCGGAGGUCGACCUUCGAUUUCAGUUCGUGAUCUCAAAUCAAAGAUUGUUCUAAGCAAGAAGCUCAAUAUAUGCCAAGACUUCGAUCUUGUCUUCUCUGAUGCUCAAACUGGUCAAGAGUAUGUUGAUGAAAAUUUUCUAAUUUCGAGUGGUUCAAGUGUGAUUAUCAAGAGAGUGCCUGCCGGAUCAGUGCCAUCAAAUAGGGCGCACAAUGACUCAUUCCCAACUUUUGGGACCAAAGACAAAGAACAAAUUAAGAACCCUUGUACGGCAAAUGUAGAAAUCAAUUUUGAUGACUUUGGGGUUGAUUUGUGUCCUGUUCCUGCGGUGACCUUAUCUUGCUCCGAUAUUGACAUUGUUAAAGAAACUUACAUUGGUGGUGAGAGGAAAAACUUUGAUGGCACAAGAUGUCCUGGGUCACCCACUUUCAGAUGUAAGAAACUUGGAGUGAAUGACUUGACUGAGGCUAUUCCAAAAGCAGGUCCUGUGCAUAGUGGAAUUGAAGAGGAUACAUUGGAGACAAAAUUAAAACCUAAUGCUCAACAAUGCAUGAAACUGGAAAAUGCGGCCAUUGCCAAUCCUCCAACCACGCAAAGCACUAUUUUUCCAUCAGAGCUUAAAUGCUCUCUUUGCAACACAUGGUUUAAGGAGGCUGUGAUGAUACCUUGCUGCCAACAUAGUUUUUGUGAGAAAUGCAUCCAUUCAGUCCUUUUUGAGAAAGCAAGGUGUCCCAUGUGUCUUUCUUCAAAAUUCAAAGUACAAGAUUUGCUACCAAAUGUAUCUCUUCGGCAAGCAAUUGAGCAUUUCCUCCAGUCCCAAAUUCUAAUCAGUGGAACAGAAAAUGCUCUUCAUGACUACGCUCCAGAUGGAGAAUCUGGGAUUCAAGCGAAAGACGUCUCUUAUGCUGCGACUAAUCUUCAAAGAGAACCUCAGUUGCCCGAUUCUCUCUCUGCAACUGGGAGAGGGUCUAAUCAAAUUGUUGCAGAAUCUGCUUAUGACUCAUUGUUAAGAAACAAUGCAUCAGUAGGUGGCAUUGGUUCUUGUGUCAAUCAGUUAGGUGGAGAUAAAUCAUUAAAGUCAUGCUUGUGGCCACACAAGACAAAACAGAUAGAUGGAGAAAGACCUGUGGACUUGGAUGAUUUUGCUGAUUGCGAAGGUGAAAACCAGCCCAUUCAUGAAGAAGUUGAAUCCAGUGUCACGAAAAAGAGGGCAUUGUCAAUUAACACUUCAGGUGUAGACAAGAGCUUUAUGCAGAGUGGAAGACUUAAAAAGGGGAAUCGAACCUGUUACAUGUGUGGUUCUCCAGAUCAUUUUAUAAGAGACUGCCCUGUUGCUUCAAGUCCAAAUACUAUGCUACAGACAGGAAAUGGUAGUUUUCCACAUGCUACGCAUGGUUAUGUAUCACCUUACUGGAAUGGACCUCCUUUGCCGCAUGUCAGGCCCUUUGCAAACAUUUAUGGUAAUCCUGGGAUGAUGCCCUUCAAUCCAACUAUGGUCCCUGCCCCACCUUUUGCUGGUCCUAUGUAUAUGCCAUGUAUGUUUGGUGGUCCACCUGCCUAUGGUGGGUUUGGGAGGAUGGGGGGAGCGACAGCUCCAAUUGCAAUUAAUACAGAGCGCCAUCUAUUUCAUUCAGAGAUUUUGGAUCAUCAAGGUUAUGAAAAGAAACGGAAGUUAUCAAAUGAGAACAUGAGUGCACAGUCCUCGGAUGAUGAUGAUUAUCAUCACUUUAAGAAAAGGUGUCACUUCAGUGAGGCAGAAAGGUCAGAUGACCGUCGAUCUCGUAUCAGUAGGGAAAGGAGUGUGAGCUACUCUGAGGAAAGCUUUAUGCAUAGGCCACACAAGAGACACUUACGUGACACUAAUUUAGAUAAUGGCAAGUACCCUGUUGAUGAGAAACAUGAGAAAAAUUCCCAUUCCUCAAUUUCUGGUAGAGAAAGGAGGCCACAUCACUCAGAGAGAAGUUCAGAAGUUGAGAAUAUCCCCAGUAGCUCCAGCUGGCAUGCUGAUGUGAAGCAUAAAAACCAGAGCAGAAACUCUAAAAAGCACAGUGAAAGAAGGGAGCAGUGUUGCAGUGAUUCUAGUUGUGUUCGCCAUCCAAGUAACAAUGAGAAAAAUUUUGAAAGAAAGAGACUGAGAUCUGAUGUUGAAAGACACAAACAGAAACAUAGCAGCCACUCAGAUUCUGGUUUGGAACCAAGUUAUCCUGGUGAUAAAAAAAAACUAAAAGAGAGAGAUUUCAGUCAUGUAUCCAGGCAUUCUAGGCUCAACUCAAGGUUUAUGGAUGAUGAGUCGAGUCAUGAUAGGUGGCUGAUGGUCAGGGGAUCAGAUGAGAAUUGUGCUGAAGACUAUUGUUAUGAAAAAGGAAAAAGAAUUACUAAUCGAAACAACAGGCCUGAUUUUUUGAGAUCUGGUUGAGUGAUCGACUUUUCGACAGUAGCUUCCUGGACAAUAUUUUGUCUUUAAUAUUUGCUAACUAACCCUCUUUACUUUUUUAGCUUGAGCUGUGGAGGCUAGCAAACUAAGGUUUUAAGUUGAGGAGCAAUGGUAAAUUUAUUAUAGGUUUCAGACACAUCAUAACGUGCCGGAGUUCUUUUUGCAGAGAUGGCGGACGCUGUUAAAGAACAAGCUGCACAUUCAUGCUAUAACAUGCCCCUGGAUGUAUGUUUGGCUUCCAUGCUGGCCGAGUGUGAUGCUUUUCUAUUUAGCACCGAGGUGGAUGGGCCGUUAGUAACAUUAACAUGUGUGAGCAUUCUUGUUGUCAUCCAAGUGUCAAAAUAGUCACAUCCAUCUCCUCAUUUCCUGGCCACCUGUGGUUGAGGUCCUGUUUUUUCGACCUUGAGCAUUGUGUUGUCAAAUAUAACAAUGCUGCAUAUUGCUUGCAUUCAUUUAUCUCGAGCCUGAUUUUUGUAAAAUUCAGUCAGGUUCCUUUUCUUACCCUUGGUCUUGACUUGAAGUUCAUUUUUCUCCGUGCAUGUUUAUUCACUGUUACAUUGGUAUUACGUAGUAUAGCUGGUCUGUCCCAAAAAAAGAAAAAGAAAUAAUAAUAAAAUAAAGAGAGAACAUGAUAAUAACAAAAUUGCCUGUAAAAUAUGUACACAUCAGCAGGCAUUGAUCUCUCUGCAAGCUUGUGUAAAAAGUUGAAAAAUCUAAUUUUUGGGUGGCUCAGACCAAAUUGUUUGCG